UUACAAUUGAAAUCACUUCGAUGACGUAAAUUACAGUGAUUGCCAUCCACUUACGCUUUCAAUUCGAGCGUAAUUAUUUCAUGAUUCCGAGGCGACUUCGGUUCGUUCAGCGCGAUUAUCGAAGCUUUUUACUCGCAUUUUUCCCUUUUUUGCUUGUCACCAAAAGUGCCCCAAAACAAUCAUUACUGUCAGUCAGCCAGUCAGUUUGUCAGUCCCACCGCCUUCUUUUAGGCCAAUUGUUGUCGCAGUGUAAAAAUAAACAAACAUUCCGCCGCACAAUGGUAAUCCAUUCGACAUGGCUCGCCCGGAUUAGCUGCUACCAAGUUCACAUCCGCUUGUUGUGGGCAACUUGUUCUUAAGAUCUCCGUAUCUUUGGCUAUAAAAGCCUCGAUGCGAGUGGAGAACAGCAUCAGUCAACGCACCUUCAGUCUCUCAGAUCGUUCGUCGCCCAAAAACCCAAAACAAUCAACAUGAAAUUCCUCGUCUGCUUGGCUCUCUUCAUCGCCGCCGCCCAGGCUCAUGUGGUGGCGCCCGCCGUGGCCACCUACUCCGCUGCUCCGGCCCUGACCUACGCCGCCGCCGCUCCUGUGACCACCUACUCGGCCGCCCUUCCCCGCGCCUACUCCGCCUACGCCGCCCCCUCCGUCUAUGCCGCCCCCUCCGUCUACGCCGCCCCCUCCGUCUACGCCGCCCCCUCCGUCUACUCCUCCUCCUAUGUGGCCGCGCCCUCUGUGUACUCCUCCUCCUAUGUGGCCGCCCCCGCCGUCGUCUCCACUCUGCUCAAGAAGUAAAGUGCUCAGAUCGAUC